GGUUCCUGGCGUGUCUGAGCAGUACCGGUAGUAAUCUGUGAUUCACCCUGAAAAACAAGCAUGGCGUCCAGCGCGGAUCCUGAUGAGCGCAAGAGAAAAUCAGAAGUGAAUGAGGAAAAAGGAGAUGAUGCUGCAGACGAUGAGUGGAUCGGACCCAUGCCCAGCGAAGCUGUGCAGCCAAAGAAAAGAAAAGUGCUUGAGUAUGAACGUGUGUAUCUGGACAACCUCCCGUCUGCCGCCAUGUACGAGCGCAGCUACAUGCACAGGGACGUGAUCACGCACAUCGCCUGCUCCAAGACUGAGUUUAUAUUAACUGCCAGUCAGGACGGCCACGUGAAGUUCUGGAAGAAGAAGGAGGAUGAGGGAAUAGAGUUUGUCAAACACUUCCGCAGCCAUCUCGGGCUGAUUGAGUGCAUCGCUGUUAGCGCUGAAGGGGCUCUCCUCUGCACCGUGGGGGACGACCAGGCCAUGAAGGUCUUUGACGUUGUCAACUUUGACAUGAUCAACAUGCUCAGGCUGGGCUUCCACCCUGGCCGGUGUGAGUGGAUCUACAAUCCGGGAGAUGCUAUAUCUACAGUAGCCUGUUCAGAGAAAUCUACGGGGAAGAUCUGUGUCUAUGACGGAAGGGGAGGCAAUCAGCCGCUGCACACCUUCAACAAGAUGCACUCCUCUCCACUGGCCCACAUCCGGCUCAACGCCCGUUAUCGGGUCAUCGUCUCUGCUGACAAGGGUGGCAUGUUGGAGUACUGGACUGGCCUUCCCAGCGAGUUCAAGUUUCCAAAACACGUGCAGUGGGAGUACAAGACGGACACGGACCUGUACGAGUUUGCCAAGUGCAAGACAUACCCCACCAGCCUGGCCUUCUCGCCCGACGGCAAGAAGAUGGCCACCAUCGCAACCGACCGCAAGGUCCGGAUCUUCCGCUUCCUGACCGGGAAGUUAAUGCGAGUGUUUGAUGAAUCCUUGACCAUGUUUACAGAGCUGCAACAGAUGAGACAGCAGCUUCCCGACAUGGAGUUCGGACGCCGGAUGGCUGUGGAGAGGGAGCUGGAGAAGGUGGACGCAAUCCGCCUGACCAACAUCAUCUUUGACGAGACUGGACAUUUCGUCCUCUACGGUACUAUGCUGGGCAUCAAAGUCAUCAACGUGGAGACCAACAGGUGUGUCCGGAUCCUGGGGAAGCAGGAGAACAUCCGCGUGGUGCAGCUUAGCCUGUUUCAGGGCAUCGCUAAGGUCACUAAGACAGCGCCUACCAUCGAGAUGAAAGCCUCUGACAACCCGGCCUUGCAGUGCUCUGAGCCAGACCCCACCAUCUUCUGUACAGCCUUCAAGAAGAACCGCUUCUACUUGUUCACUAAGAGGGAACCAGAAGAUACCAAGAGUGCCGAUUCGGACAGGGACAUCUUCAACGAAAAGCCAUCCAAGGAGGAGGUCAUGGCUGCCACACAGGCCGAGGGCCCCAAGAGAGUGUCGGACAGCGCCAUCAUCCACACCACCAUGGGGGACGUUCACCUGAAACUCUUCCCUGUGGAGUGUCCAAAGACGGUGGAAAACUUCUGUGUCCACAGCAGAAAUGGUUAUUACAAUGGUCACAUAUUCCAUCGUGUCAUCAAGGGGUUCAUGAUCCAGACUGGAGACCCCACCGGCACAGGAAUGGGAGGGGAGAGCAUCUGGGGUGGAGAGUUUGAGGAUGAGUUUCAUGCAACGUUGAGGCACGAUCGUCCGUACACCCUUAGCAUGGCCAAUGGUGGACCCGGCACCAACGGUUCCCAGUUCUUCAUCACUGUCGUCCCAACCCCCUGGCUGGACAACAAGCACACGGUGUUUGGAAGGACCACGAAAGGAAUGGAGGUUGUUCAGAGGAUCUCUAAUGUCAAAGUCAACCCAAAAACAGACAAGCCGUAUGAGGACGUCAGUAUCAUUAAUAUCACCAUCAAAUAAUUAUAGUGGUGUUCGGGGUGCUUGCAUUUUUUUUUUAAUAAAAUGAUAGUUUUACACAGAG